UGGUAUUUGUUUUGCUUCCUGGUUGUGUUUAAUUUGACCCUCGGUGGUCUCCGUAGUCAUAUGAAAAAAAAGGUGUGUGCUGUCAUCGUCGCAGAUGUGUGUGUGUGUGUUCACCAGGAAGAAGACAAUCGGAUCGAGUCCUCAUCGCGGAAAUGACCAACAGAACAUCGGCACACGCCAGAAUGGUCCGGGACGUAGCCGUUUGAACUUCGGUGGUGACUGUUUUCUGCUGGUGAAGAAGGAGGGAAUGGCGUCUUCGUGGACCAAGUUCUUGUGAAGGUGUUCAGCCGUGUGAUCGAGAUGCGCUUCAACGAGAAGGAGCUGGUGUUUCUGAGCAGACAGCCGGCGGAGAUGGCAGCCGAACUGGGCAUGCGAGGACCCAAAAAAGGAGACGUUGUGAAGAAGAGGCUGGUCAAACUGGUCGUCAACUUCCUCUUUUAUUUCAAGACUGACGAAGAAGAGCCAGUCGGGGCCUUGUUGUUGGAGCAGUGUCGUGUGGAGAAGGAGGACAGUCAGACCUUCUCUAUAGCGUUUCUGGAGGAGGCAGAGAAGAAGUAUCUUUUUGAGUGUGAGUCUGAGGAACAGUGUAGCAAGUGGAUUAACUCCAUCAUCACAGCCAGCUACGAAUUCAUGAGGAGGAACUUGAUUUUCUACAGAACUGAGAUCCACAGACUAACUGGCACAGAUCCAUUGGAACAGUACGGGAUAUCAGAUGAGACUCGGUUUCAAGUCAGCAACGGUCUGCCAGUAACAUCAAGAGACACGUCGUCACUGUAAACCAGGGAUGUGUUUUAGAUGGUGUUUGCUCCUGAACGACUCCAUCAUGAACUUCUCGUAUUAGAUGCAGGCGCGGUCCGACUAUACAUAAAUACAUGCUGUCAGUUUCAACAUGUCCUCACUUAGUUUCUUUCACUUUAGUUCACAUUUUAAUCUACCUUUCAAGUUUAGUAGUGUCUACAAAAAAAUCACUGGUCGUACUUGCUAGAUAGAGAAUGCUGAAAUGACACUCCAAAUGAUGCAUGUUAAAUUGAAAUUUUUAGAUAUAAAUUAAUGUUAUUCUUGGAAAGAACUACUGACUCUUAUAGCUAAACAAAGCUUUUGUAGCAUAUCCAUGUUUGCAAUUUGUGCUCUUGAUUUUUUUUUGGUCAUUUAAAAUGUAAACGUGUUGCAUAGUCUAGAUCCACGUUUUGUCUUGAGCCACAUUUCUUCUGGACCUGUUAGACUGAUAUAUACUUUUUUUUUUUCUUUUUUUUAUGCUUUCAUGCGGUCAUUUGACUUGUUAGUAAUGGGAUUUAUACACCAUACUUGAAAGUGCUAUUUUUAUGUGGCACCUUUUGCAAUGUUUCAAGCUGUUGGAGUGUGUUGAGUCGUCAGACUGAGGGUUAGGUCGAUGCUUAUUCAGCCGCAGCAGAGUUGGACAAAUCAUUUGCUCAUCACGAACCUUUCACUAUUGCUGUGCCCUUGAAUGUGAGAAAAUACAUGUUUGCUUGCAAAGACAACACAUUGAAUACAAGCAUUUUUUUGGCUGUACUUGCAGAAUGGUCAACAUUAGAGCAAUAUUUUGGGAUAAUGCUGCCUCUCCACUAUAUUAAUGUUUUAAUUAAUAAAGCAUUGUUAUUUAAAAGAAAAAAAGAGAGAUUCAUUCAUUGUAAAGUGUCUAUAACAUAAUAUAAUAUAAUAUAAGUGUCUAUAA